CAUUGUAUUCUAAGUCUUUACCCUUGGCAGUGACACCAUGACACUAUGGUGGCGACAAUGGCAAUCUUGAUCACAACGUUGGUAGUAAAUUGCGUCAUUGACAACAACAAAUAGACGCGAUGGAGGCGGAAUCCGCAACAAAUGGGGAUGAGAGCAGCAAAUUGUGGUGGUGAUGACGGCGAUAGUGUCGACCGUGGCGGUGUUAAUGGCAGGACCGGUAGCAACAAUGUAGAUGGUGGCCGCAUUAAUAGCGAUGGUAGCAGGAGAUUGGGGCAGUGGAGUGAUAGCGAUGACAGUAACGACGAUGGCGGCAGGAGUGGCGACAGUGACAUGUGGGCACCAGAUCUCUUUCUCCUCGCGUGUAACUUGCUUUUUGCCUCUUUUUGCGAGUAUUGGCCGAGGCAUGGAAUGGCUAGUGGAGCAGCUACUGGGAGGAAGACCACAUGGGAUUUGGAAGCCACAUACCCAGCGAAGAAGGGAGUAGCGAAGAAGAGAGGUUCGGUUCUAUACCCGACCCAUUGACAAGCCUACAUGUGCAGCGGCGCUUCAAAGUCUUCCGUGCUCAUUCCACGUCACAAAAAAGUUCCUCCUUCCUUGGGUGGUGCUGUUGUUCUACCAUGCUAAGUGUCAAGAAACCAAUUCAACUAAAAGCUCAAACUUGUG